GUGCAACCAUUCGAGGAUCGUGGUGUAGCCAGCGUACAGUCUGGGUUUACUGGCCUGCGCAACAUUGGGAAUACGUGCUUCAUGAAUGCUACGCUGCAAAUGCUAGUAAAUAACAUCGAGCUAAAAACAUACUUUUUGGAAAAGUACUACAAGAUGGACAUCAAUCCGAAUAACCCACUUGGAUUCAGAGGCCGGCUUGCUGAAGCUUUUGCUGAUUUUAUGAGGCACAUGUGGAAUUGUCAGAAUCGCGCUAUCGAACCGGCUAAGAUAAAGGUUUGUUGA